UCCAUCGUCGGCCCGCACAGGACUGAGAUGUCAGGCCCGGUGAAACAUGAACCGAGAGCACGAAGUGACCGUCAGAGGUCUGAAACGAUCCACGUUGCCGUCAAAAGUCCAACGGAGAGCCAAGACUUCACCGUCAGAGGAGGCUGCACCGUCAGACAGCUCAAAUGGGGUCUCGCAGAGCGCCUGGGAGUCCCGGCAGAGCGGCUGGUGCUGAUCCACUCCGGCCGGAUCCUUAGAGAGUCAGAACUCCUGAGUCACCUGAAGGCACAAGAUGGCUCAGUCCGCCUCUGCGUGAUCCAAAGGCCUCAGCAUUCGUCUGCUGCACCCACCAGUGAUCCAGCUCCAGAAAAGGUCCAGUCAGAGCUCACAGCCGUCCUCAGUCCUGAUUCUGACAACUUCACCCCAUCUCCCACCUCUCCCCUCUACCUGGUGGAAGGUCUGGAGAGUCUUGGCCUAACAAACAGCGGUCCUGGCUUCUUCCCAUCACUGCAGCGCCAGAUGGAGAAUCAGCUGCUGGCUGACCCGGAGAUGAUGCGCCGCAUCCUGAGCAGCCCUUUCGUGCAGAGCACCCUGUCCACCUCCAGCCCUCAACUAGCCAGACAGCUCAUUCUGUCUAAUCCCCAAAUUCAGCAGCUCCUGCAGACAAGCCCAGAGGUGGGAGAUAUGCUUAACAACGCAGAUGUCAUCACACAGGUCCUGGAGCUCGCCAGGAACCCUGACAUGAUAGAGGAAGUGAUGCAUAAUGAAGACAGAGCACUAAACAAUUUGCAGCCACAGCAGGAAAACCCUGAAACCAUCACUGGUGAUUCUGAUGGCGCUCAAAAGACUGACACAAAAAGUCUCAAAUCAUCUCAGGUGCAGAUCCAGACAGGAGCACCCCCUGUGCUGACGACAUCAUGUGAGAAUCAACAGCCCGCUGAGGGAGAAAGCGAGCAGACUCCAGCCCUCUCCAGUCACUCCACAGAUCCUCUCAGAGGACUGACCGCCCCGUCCAGAGCUGAUCCAAACCCUCAGAGCACUGUCACUGCAGGCAUGCAGUCGCUGCUCGAGGAGAUCACAGCCAGCCCGGGACUGAUGGAGAGCCUGCUGUCUGGGCCGUAUGUCAGCAGUCUCCUGAACUGCCUUAGCCAGAACCCUGACCUGGCUGCGCAGAUGCUGCUGAGCCACCCUUUGUUCUCAGGACAUCCUCAGCUGCAGCAGCAGAUGAGAGAGCAGAUCCCUCUCUUCCUGCAACAGAUGCAGAGUCCAGAGCUGCUGUCAGCCAUGUUGAACCCCAGAGCCACGGAGGCUCUGCUACAGAUCCAACAGGCCCUACAGAUUCUGGCUGCAGAGGCUCCUGCGCUGAUACCCACGGUUGGACUUGGAACCAUUGGAGCCAGUGUUGAUGCUGCCAAUGAUCAAGGAUCUGACUCUGUCCUUAACAACCAAUCAGGAAAUGGUCCAGGGGUUGCCGUGGUAACAGAGCAGCAGCAGCAGAAGUUUGUGCAGCAGAUGCUACAGGCACUGGCUAACAGCAAUUAUGGGGUUCAUGGCGAGGAGUUCCAGGAGGAGCUGGAGCAGCUGAGCUCAAUGGGCUUCAGAGACAGAGAGGCAAACCUUCAGGCCCUCAUCAGCACAGGAGGAGACCUCACCACUGCAGUACAUCUGCUCAGUCUCUGACACACACACACACGCCGAUGUUGAUCAGUGCACAUAUGCAUACAUAAGUGAAUGCACGUGUACUGACAUUUACAUAGAAGCACCUGCACUCAAACAUGAUCGUAAUAGUAAAUUUACGAUCAUCAACAAUGACAAAGUGCUUUAGAAAAACGAACAGAAGAGACAUGUAAGCCAUAUUUAUAUUGCUGCACUUUCAAAGACACAUUUAAAUUCAUUCCUUCACUUCCGUUCUAACCUCUGUCUGCAGUAGUUACCUCACACACAUAUUCAGUCGGAGGAUGUUUCCUUCCCUUCCAGAGUGAGAGCUUUAGGUCAACAUUAGGGUAGAAACAACAGAACACAAUCACUUUCACUCUGUCAGAAACCUGCAUUAGCGAAGGGCCAUGCAGGUACUUAAAUCCAGCUCACAUAUGUAGACUUGUAGCAGCUGCAUAUAUAUUCAGAGAGAGUCAGGUGUUCUGGAAGCACACAGAGGAUUCAUAAACCCAGUCCUUUAAUGCUAUCAUGUCUUGUCCACCACAGGCUGCAAAGAUCAGACACUCCAGAUAAUUAGAAAGUUUGUCUGGGAGGAAGACUCGACUCCAAAAGACGUAUUUAAAAAGUGCUUGAAUGUCAGUUUGUAUCUCAAGGACACAUAGACACAGAAACUCUGAUUUGCACAGUUAAUCUUCUCAACACGCAGUCCCAGGAGAAAAAUUAUAUCAGGCAUGAAAAAAUUGAUUGAUUUGAGCCCAAAACUGAGAAAAAAGGACUGAAGCCCUUUUUGGAAUGUCUGACACAGCCUGUGCUGAUGCUGAUGAUGAUGAUGAUGAUGAUGAUGAUUGGGAUGACAUUGUUGAGGCUGUUCUUAGAAAGCAUUUGUGCCUGACUUUCUUUCACUGGGAUUUAUUGUUCUUUCCUUAAGCAUAUAUUCAACUGAGCUCCAGUGAAAGCACCAUGCUACAGUGUUUUUGUGCCAUAAGGAGUGUGUGCAUUUGUGUCCCUUUGGAUUUCACUCAACAGUGACUGAGCAGAAUACUCUCACUCAUCUAGCUGACUUGUGGAUCAGAUGUAAUCAGUAAAAACUGCAAAAUGUUAUUCUGUUAUUUACUUCCCUGAAGUGUCCCUAAAAUAUGUAUUUAUGCACUGUUUGUAAUUUUAACACGACUUUAUGAUGGCUUUGUAAAGCAUGCUAUUCUCCCUUCAUGCCCCGGUGGUCACUGUAAGGUCAACAGUUCUGCAGUAGGGUCAACAAUACAGCUAAUUUAACAGUAUUUUUCAUGGAUGUUUCAGAUUAUUAUUAUUUUCAUUAUUAAUAUGUUAAUUAAAUUUCUUUGAUUAAUAAUAUAUUAAUCAUUUAGUCUAAAAACUGUCUGAAAAUACUGGAAAAUAUCAAUCACAAAUUCUUCAAGAGUCCAAAAAUGUUUGUUAAAUUUACAAUUUAAUUAAGCAGAGAAAAGCAGCAAAACAUCACAUCUGAGAAGCUAUAAACACUUACUUGUACUCAGCGUUAGCAUAGCAAUCAAUAGCAUCA